GUUUCCAGCAUCUCAGGGUCCGAUUCAGAGAGCUCUGAUGCAAGCAGUGAGUCAGAGUCGCUGCCCUCUGCCAGCGACAGCCCCAGGACCCCCCCGGCCCCCCGUUCCCACAAGGUGCUGCUCCGCAAUGCAAAGGGACAGCUCAUCUCUGCCUACCGCUGCGUGCUGGGCACUGGGAAGGGUGGCAUCGAGGAGCCAGUGGAGCUGACAGCGUCACUGCAGAGCCUUGGUGCGAGCACCUGCUGGGUUGUGCUGAUGAUGGGCGGCGGUCACUUCGCAGGAGCUGUGUUCCGGGGCCCACAAAUGCAGGAGCACAAGACUUUCCACCGCUACACGGUGCGAGCCCGGCGGGGCACAGCCCAGGGUCUGCGGGACGCCCAGACCCCAGGGUUGGCACCCCGGUCGGCCGGAGCCGCCCUGCGGCGUUACAAUGAAGCUGCGCUGCUCAGGGAUAUUCAGGAGCUGCUGGCAGACUGGGCACAGCACCUGCAUGAAGCCCAACGCAUCUUCCUCCGGGCUCCUCGUCACAACUGUGCGCUGCUCUUUGGUGGCAGGAACCCACCCCUCACCCGGGGUGACCCUCGCAUCUGCCACAUUCCCCUCAGCACCCGCAGGGCCACCCUGCGAGAGGUGCUGCGAGUCCAUACCGUCCUGGCCAGCCUGCAGGUGUAUGGGAAGGACACGCCACUGGAGGACAUCGUUGGGUCCCCUCGGAAGGGCUGGCAGAAGAGGCGGCAGAAAGCAGAGGUGGAUCCCCCACAGGAGGACACAAAUGCCCCAGAGGAAGAGGGGGAAGAGGAGGAGGAAAGCCCUGCAGGGGAACUGGAGACUGUGGAAGUGACACUGGGGACCUUGGACCUUCGGGAGUUUGAAGUGAUGCCCAAGCGAAACCGCAAAAGGAGGAAGAAGAGAGACAAGAAGGUGGAGAAAGGGUCCUGUGGCGAAGAGAAAGCAUGUUGUGGUACCCAGUGUGCGCAGCCUGGCCUGGAGCUGGUGACAGAGGUGCAGGGGGAGGUUGGGGCUGAGCCCCUUCCCUGGGGCGAUGGAGGAGACCCUCAGACCCAGCUCCGUGAUGCCCUGUUCACCGCCUGCAAAACAGGGGAUGUGGGGACUCUGCAGCACCUCCUGGGCAUGCCAGAGAGUGGGGGCCUUCCAAGGGACAGCAAGGAUGGGGAGGAUGGGCAAGAGAGGACUCCCUACUGCGUCUCUGCUGAUAAACUGACCCGCAAUGCCUUUCGCAAGUUCAUGGUGGACCAUCCAGACAAGUACGACUACAGCCGUGCCAAGGUGCCGGGGCCCCUGACGCAGGAGAUGGAGGCCAAGAAGCUGGAGAAGAAGCGGGCACAGAAAGCCCAGCGGAAGCAGCGGGAGCAGGCGCAGCGGGAGGAGCGGCAGCGCUGGGAGCAGGAGCAGGGAGAGAAGCAGCGGUUCGCAGCCCUGUCUGACAGGGAGAAGAGGGCCCUGGCUGCUGAGCGGAGGCUGGCUGCACAGCUGAAGGACUCCAGCACAACUCUUGACAACAUCAGCCGCUGCUGGCAUUGUGGAGAGUCCCUGCUGGGCCGGAUCCCUUUCCACUACCUCGACUUCUCCUUC